AUGACGAGAGAUAAGGAAAAUGUAAUUAAUUGUAGACGCCUUCACAGGGCCAAUAUGAUUUUUGCCACUAUAAGUAAUAAUCACAAUUACAUAUGCAUCAUCACGCAUUAUGAGAACACUUACAAUUUAGAAUUGUUCAGUACAAUUAACCAAAUGCAAAAAAUAUUCAGAAAGAGCAUUCCAGAUAAUAUUAAUAAAGUGUAUAUAAAUGAUAAUGACACAUAUAUUUGUGCGACAAGUCAAAAUGGUAGUCUUUACAUUCUCGACAUGAAGGGUAACAUUGUACAUAAAAAUGAGAAAUUACAUUGUUUGUACAGGAAAAAAAAAGACUUCCAGAGAGGUUCUACACCCCUAAAAAUUGGCUACUCCAAAAGAAAGCGUAAAAAAGAAACAACCUCAAUCUACGUGGAUCAAGAAAAUCCAAAAAAAGACAGCAUUCCAAAUGAAAAUGACAAAAAGAAAUUUAAAACUGAUAAAAUUGUGACAAAAGACAAAUUCAUUGAAUCACUUUUAAACAAUAAUAAAGAAAAACCAAAGAGCGACAAAUUAAUGUGUGCAAAAAGUAAACUUACCUGGUCAGGCAAAAAUGGAAACAUAAAAAAUAAAGCAUUAACCAAUAGUUUAGUAGAGAAAGUGGAAAGAAACAAAAAAAUUACUGAUCAGAAUGGGAUCACGAUAAAAAGUGGCAUAACCCUGAGUAAGCUCAAAACAAAAGGAUGCGAAAAUUGUGAGCAGAAGUGUGCGGAAAAAUGUGCUGAGAAACGCUACAAAAAAGUAAUUUUGAGUAAACCACAAAAGGAUUUCAACAUAAAUAUGUCCAACGAUCAGAGAGAAGAAAGUAGUGAACCCAUGGAGCUAAGCUGCGACACAAAUGAUAAGAAGAAUGAAAAUGAAAAACAACAUCCAUGUGUUAAGACCAAUUUGGAUUCCUUUGAAAAGGAUGAUUUUACUCUUAAAAAAAAUUUGCGUGAUGAUUACAUUAUCCCAUCCGUAAAAGAGAAUCGGAGUAAAAGUGAAGGAGAAAAAAGAGAACUAAAUUCGAACAAGACAGAAUAUGAAAAUUUUCCACUUGAAGUUGUAGACAUAUACUGGAUUGGCCUAGAAAAAGAAGGCAAAAAUAAUUUUCCAGAAAAUAAUACUUAUCAUUCCUUUUAUAAUUUUUUUGAUGUUCUACAUAUUAUAUAUAGUGUAGAUAUAGGAUUGAACAUUAUAUGUUCAAUUAAUCUAAAAAUAAUAAUUUACAAAUAUAACAUUUUAGAUAAUGUGUAUAAUAAUAUUAACUCAUUUCGUCAACUGAAAGAUAAUAUUGUUCAUGCAUUUAUGGAAGAAUUUAUAAAAAAAUGUAAAUCGAAAAAUAAACAGUCAUGUCUUCGUUACAUUAAGUUAGGAAAAUAUAAUUGUUAUCGAACCAAAAUGAAUAAUUUAAACACAUCAUUGAGAAGAAUUAACAAUUAUCGCUGCAUUGGGCUUCUUAAUACACAUAAUGAUAGCAUAACUUUGGAUUUUUGUCCUCCUUACUACUUAGAUCUAAAAGAACAUAUUGUUAAAAAAAUUUUUAAUGAUUUGAUUAUUGACAUCAAGCAAUCAUACGUUUCAGAUGAUCAACUUUACAUUUUGGUAAAUUAUUAUGUUCAUGUGAAAAGGAAGCAUUUGAAAUUCUCUAGUUUGGAGGCAAAAGGGUGUAGGAGAUCUAUUCCAGAAAAAGAGAAUAACCAGUUUAUCCAAACAAAUGAACAAUUAUAUUCACACGUUGAAAACUCCAAGAAAGUUGCAUCAAACUUAACAACUUUCCACAUAAAUGGCAACAUAUCAGAGGAUAAAAGAAAAAGCAGAUAUAAAAAAUUUAAUGUAAUAAAAAUGCUAAAAAAUAGAGAAAAGACAAAUGAACUUGAAUUAAAAUCACAUAAAAAGAAAAUUUGUCUUUUGGGGAUACAAAGAAUUAGUUAUCUAGAUAAAGAAUUCAAAUCAGUAAAAAAAAUAGUGUUAUAUCUGCAAUAUUCAUUCAGUAUUGUCCACAAUAUUUUUCACAUCUACAAACAGAUGUCAUCUAUAUAUACCAAAUGUAAUGAAUACAAAAAGUUGCACAAAAAAUAUGAAAGUAUACUUCAACUAAAUGAACAUUUUAAAAGGUUCUAUUAUAGAGAUAGAACAUUGAUAUAUUUUUCAAAAUAUAUGAAAAAUCGAAAAGAAAAUUUUGAUGAAAAAUUGUAUAAUUUAUUUUUUAAAAAAAAUGAAAAGAGAGAUUUUGCUCGCUAUUACGAAGCAAUAAAAAAAAUGAUAAAUGAAAACACUGUAUGUUGCACUUGUUCAAAGGAAAGAUUUUUAAUCCAAAAUUCAAACCCCAUGAACAAGCAGAAGAAGGACAAUCUUCUGAGGAAUCAACCGGUAGAAUGUUCUUCCAACUCUGGAAGACAAAUAAAUGGUAUCACCCCUUUCACUAGCGAUGAGAAUGAACCAGCAGAAAGGAAUUGUAAUGAUUCUCUUACUGAUGCUACUACCCAUGAUGGAACGAAGAAGAAACUUGGCAGCUGCUCAAAGUCCCGUUGUAAAUCCACUGGAUGCACCAUGAAGAAGGAAAUCUCGCUUAACAACACAAAAGAGAAAAUGUUUAACAACUGUAAAGGGGAUUCUGUGAGCACUAAUGGUAGAAGCUUGAACGAGGUUCCGUCCUCUGAUUAUCUAACAAACGUAAUGAUAAAAGAAUCCAAAGUUGUACCAGAAAAUAAAAAAGGGGAAACAAACUGUUUACAGAGAAUGGUAGUGGAAAAGGAAAUCAAUGGAGCAGAUAAGAUAAUCAAUAAGAAAAAUAAUUGCAAUAUUAAUAAUGUCAAGGUUAAGGAGAAGAAGGAAAAGGAAAAAUAUAUAAAUAAUAAAAGACAAUUUUGUUUCCCACAUUGCAGAACUAAUAAUGAAAAAUAUAGAAAUGAAAUUUACAGAAAAAAGGAGCAGAGUGUCCAUAGAAUGUGUACAAAGAAUAGAAUAGGGGAUUCAAAAAACAGAGCAAAUGAUGUCUUAAAUAAAAAAAGAAACGGAAUUGUGCAUAAACAAAUGGAAAAGAAAAGAUUGGAUACAAUUGGACACUCUUAUGGGGAUCACACAAAGGAAAUAAGCAGCUGUAAAUGUUGCUUCAGUGGAAGUGGUAAUAAUAACUUAAUGAGAUUCACGGGUUGCACUGGAAAAGUUCUCCAAAUGGGUGAAAAAUUAGGGAAAAAAACAGAAGAGAAAGAAGCAAAGGAAAGGGAAUUAGCGAAGGAAGAGGAAGUAGCGACAGAGGAGAACUUCAUUCCAUUAUCAGAAGGAGAAAUGGAGGAACAGUUCCUAAAGAGUAGGAAAUUUAUUGUACCAAUUGGACAAAACAUAUGUAACAAUUGUGAAAUUCUAAUAGAAAAAAAGACAAUUCACAAUUAUGAAAAAUUAGAAUUGAAUUAUGAAAUACCAAAAAAAAAUAAAAAAAUAAAUGAUGAAGAAAUAUAUAGCUCACUGAUUAAAGAUGUACAUGUCAUGUACGGAGAAAAAAACUGUCCAAUUAAUAUUCUAUUAUUGUUACAAGAAUUUAGUGAAAAGGAAUUAGAAAGAUGUAUGGUGAAUUUUCAGAUGAUAUUAAAUUAUUAUGAAAAAGUAUUUCUUGAAAACAUAAAUGAGCAUUUGAAAAAUUUAUUUAAAAUUGUAAAUAUAUGUAAAACAUUAAGUAACAAUAUUCAUACACUAUUAAAAAAAUAUUCUCUAGACAAAAUUAAGAAAUUAUAUGAACUUAUAAUUUAUUGUGUUGAGAUGUUCCAAACGUAUUACAAUUUACAAACACAUUUACAUAUUUUCUUAUUUCUAAUUAAAUUGUUAUUAUUUAUUUCAAAAAAUAUUUAUUUUGAAAAGUUCCCACAUUAUAAGGAAGCCUUUUCAAAUUUCCGAAGUGAUGACAUGGAAAUUUUCAAAAAUUACAAUUUUAUCAAAGGAUAUAAAAAAAUCCAUUUUAAUUACUUCGAUGAAUAUUUACACAAUAAUUAUGUGAAGACUCACAAAUUCUAUGUAGCACUCUGUGAAGUUCGCCUCAAUUUGAUUCACAUUCUGCAAAUAUUUGAUCACAGCAAAAGGGGUAGCAACAGAAGAAGAAAAAACAACAACAGCAGAAGUUUUCCCGCACUUUAUAACAUUUCCAUUUUGAGCCUCCAAAACAUCAAUCAAUUUAACUACUUUACUCUCCCAAAAAAUACCAAAAAAGACGACUCUGUUCAGAACUUUUCCUAUUUUGACAAUAUUCUAUACAAAAAUUCCUCCAUAUUUUACCCAUUCUACGUUUGUACCUGUGACAGAUUCUCUUUCUUAUGCAUAAAUAAAUAUUACCAAUCUGACUUUCGAUUUAAGCUCAUACAAAAGAGGACCCUUGGGAUAACCCUCUACCCGCUCACUGUUCUGAACAUUGUUGUCAUAUCGAAGAAUUUGUUCUAUAUCUUUACAAAGAAUGACAGAACGUUGAACGUAACUUUGUUAAAAGUAAAAUAUGAAAAAUUGAAAAGGAAUACACAUAAAAGUAAAAGGGAAGUGAAAUCUAUGAACAAUUUAAGUGUUCUCAAAUGUUCGAACCUAGAAUCCUAUUACCCAAGCGUCAACACCUUCGACCUUAAAAUACAAUCAUUAUGUGAUUCCAUAAUUGCAAACUGCGAACCGCAUAUGUGUAUGAUAUUAGAAGGCUCCUAA